AUGUACACAGCACUCCUCAACACGGCGUUCAUGAUUCUUGGUCUACAUUCCUGGCCAAGUUGGCAGUCUGAGCGAUAUUCGCCGCUCUUCUACACGUUCAUCAUCAAUGAACCAAUCCUGGUCACGUUUCCGCGAUUGACCUGCGGCCUGCAUACGCAAGGAAAGUAUGUGCAGCUAUAUACCAAAUUGAUCCAAGGUGCACGGGGAUCCUCCUUGCUGUUCGACUUGGUCGUCUUGAUCAUCACGUGGACGAAGCUCAGGGCUGCCGCGAUGGAUAUUCGGAGCCAAGCGAGGGUCAGUGUUGUGCUGAUCAGGGACAGUAAGUUUCUGUGUAGCCUGCAGCGUAUCGUCAAUAUUCUUGGAAUCAGCAGGGGAAGCGUGACUGUUAGUUAUUUCAGCCUAACGUCUAGCCUCCUAUCACGGCUCCUGUUCGACUUACGCAAGGUCGCUGCUGAAGGUCUCGGCGUGUCGCUUACGCACUCUAUGACUCUUGCUUUUGCUGGUCCCGAUCUAUUUGUAUUUGAAGAUGACGUUACCUCCGAUCGACAUCUAGAUGCAGAGGCGAUCUAA